AUGAAUAUUCUUCCUGAAGACCCUGAAUUUGAUGGAGUACCAAUUACAGAGCCUGGUGUUUGGAAAGAGGUAAUGGCAGAAUGCAGGAUAGGAAUGGUUCCAUUUUCAAUCAGCUUCUUCUCUCACCAAGCUAGUCGCCCAUUUGCUCCGAUAGCCUUUAGGAACCUCCAAGUGUUGCCAAUUAAAAAACCUCAAGAAACGGAACUCUCCAAAUCAGUGUUGCCACGUUUGACGAGACCAUCUGAUGCUAUACUGACACUUCGUAGUUAUGAGAAUGCUUACCGCUCAAGACGGACUACAUUAGCUAAUUUAUCGGACAAAUAUGGUGACUUUGUGUCAUUGGAAGCAAAGGCUGAUGGAGGGUAUAUAAUAAAAUGCGACGAAAUAUUGAACAUGACAUGGUUAUUGCAAAACAAGAAUUCUCAUUUAACGCGAUUCCAACACAAAAUGAGCUUUGACUUGGAAUAUAUUGAUGAAUCGUAUGUAAAAAUAAUUCGAAAAGCGAACAAGAAGCUUGAAAACCAAUCGAUACAGACAGAAGAAAGGACACAGUUACUCGCUGCUAUAAUUGAUGCCUGUCUUCAAUCCAAAGCUUCGCUGGAAAGCCAAUCUGAAAGUGAAAACGAAAGGGUAAAAGAGACACCUCAAAAUUAUGAAAAUAUUAUGGCUCCACCCAAAACUAUUCCAAAGAAAUCCAAGAAAGCAUCCCCAAGCCCAGCUUUGGUCGAAAAUAGUCUUAAAAAAGCAAAAGCUUUGAAAGCAAAUGUGAAUUCAAAGAAAGAUAUCACAGUUGAUAAUAAAAAAGCACAGGCUAGUAACAAAAAUACAGAUAACGAACGCGCUGAAUUGAUAAUCAAUGAAAAUGUAGAAAGAGUUAAUAAUAUACAAGGAAAGAAACAGUCUAAAGUAAAUGUUGCCAGUGAAAAAGAUAUACAGACAACAGAUGCUACGAUUAAAUCUGUUAAUGUUGCCAACAAGAAAAAUAUUCAAAUUAUUGAAGAUAGAAUUAUAAUGCCGGGAAAUAGUAAUUUAGAAAAUAAGAAGAGAAAACUUGAUGCUACGGAACAGAUACCUGUUAAAAAAAUUAAGUCUAAUAUAGAAAAUAGGAAAGAAAAUGUAAAUAAGGACAGUAGAAAACCUAAUACAGACAAGACAGAUAAAGUGACAGAAAAGCAAAAGUCUAAUACAAACUUAGUAACAAAAAAUAAUGACAAGUUAAAUCCGAAACAUAAUGAAAACAAGGAAAUAAACAAAAAUGGUUCUAAUGGAAUUGAAAAACUUCAAAAAAAGGUUGAGAAACAAAUUGGACCUAAAAUUACUAAAGAAGUUCAAAGUGUGUCAACAAAUACACAAAAUAAAGAAAAAUCUGGAAAAGUACUAACUCUAAACAAACCUGGCAAUUCACAGAAGAUAAUUAGUUUACAAAAAGAAAACCCCGGAAAUCCAAAUAAAAUUACUGAAGAAAUUCAUGUGAAAAUGGGUAAUAAAACAAAUAAAAUUGGGAAUCCGCAAAAGGAUAAACCUGUUUCACAAAAAAUAAAUGAAAAUACUAAAAGUGGUAACCCAAAGGUACAGAAAUAUAACACCGAUAAAGGAAAUACACCGAGUAAGAAACCGGGAGAGAAAAGAAAAUCUUUAGGCAGUGGUGGUAAAUCGAAGAUACCUCAAAAGAAGCCAGAAUUCAAGAAUCCACAGACAGGUAAUGUAUUGGUGCUUGGGUAA